UUUAAGUCGGACAAAAUUAGUCUCAACAAUCCAUCACGACAUAAAUAGUUCUAAUUCCUGUCCUGAUCUCCAGAUGGUUUGCAAAUCUGCGACAUUUCAAUAACAGCUGAAGCGUCGAUAAAGACGGACAGCCUUGCUAAUAAAGAAAGUCACGCUGCAUGGGUGACAGAAAAAAUGCAAAUGUCUAUUGUGUGAAACCGAUCUUUUUAGCUACAAUUAAUCUGUGAGCUUUGAAAGAGGCAUUAUCUGGUGAUUAUAAGAUUAUGGGAACUCGCCGACCAAGUUUAACACGUCUACUUUCCAGCAAAAAUGCGGCAGAUCUUAACGUGCUGUUGGCCAAUGAAUUGAGUUUGAGCGAAAGCAUUAUCAAGAGUUGUACAACGGCUUUGAAAAGCUUUGUUCAACAUCUCAAAAGUAAACUGGAUACGCAGAAUGAGUUUAACGACAUCAUUAUCGGUGGAUCAAUGGGUACGCAAACGGAAAUCAACAGCGAAGAUGACGUGGACGCGACAUUGCACAUCAUGUACGACUAUGGUAGCGAUGACGUCACACAAGCGAUCGCGUCAUUCAGACAAAAUCUGGCCAAUAAUAUCGCGAGUUUGGAAGAACAUGUGAAAGCCUACGGCAAGAACGCUGAGACAGAUGAAGUGCAGGACGCUGUGAUUUGUUGUACAUUGCUUGUGCCAGAUUGCCCAGUGGAUGUUGAAAUUGAGAUUUUACCCUCGCUUUUAUGGGAUGUUCACGAUGCGGAUAAAAGGGAGAAACUUUAUGAGAAAAUGAUUGAAAGCGCUUCCGAUCGUCGAUUUUACGCAACCAGCUUGUGUGUGCUUCAAAUCAACUACAUCAAAACCUUACAAAAUACGCGCGUUCGAAACCUCAUUCGCCUGGUGAAAUUCUGGCUUCAACGCGCAUUCUCCGUGGACGAUGAGAAAUGUCGCUUGCCGAGCGCGUACUCUCUUCAGUUCCUGGUGAUAUCAUUAUGGGAAACCGCUGGCCGUCCCGAGACCUUCAAGCCAUCGGUUGGAUUUCGCGCCAUCAUGGAGGCAAUGCAGAACUACAGCAACAUGUAUAUUACCUGGAGUGUGUAUUACUCGAAGGACAAGAUACAGCGGGCGCUUGUGAAUCAGAGACGACCAAUCUUGAUGGAUCCUUGCGACCCGACCAAAAAUUACGCAAGCGAAUGCAACUGCUGGAAUGAUGUCGCCACCGUUGCCGUGGCAACACUAGGCAAGCCGAUGAUACAGGAUGUCACACCCAAUCCUAGGUGGCAAUAAGAGCUACGGUAUCAGAAUGAUAUAUGAGAAAUAAUUGGCAACGCACAAAACAUUUACUAACCGACAUCUCUACUAUAUGAUUGACCAUGGAUCUUAAGGCCAUGUUACACGGUGCAAUUUUUCUUGCAACUUGAAAUGC